AUAUACUGAAUCCGGGGAUACUGAAUCGUCCUUUUCCGGUGUAAAUUUUUUAAUCACUAUACCAACAAAAAAUAAUUUUAGCGUUCGUUUAAAUUUUCAUUUUAUGCAAAGAUAUUAUCAGAUGUUUCUUUGACAAGCACAUUUUUAAAAGUGGUUUCAUUUUAUUUGUUUUUCUUUUUCUUUUACAAAUUAUGCCCCAAAUAUUUUUAAAUAAAAUUUUUGCUUUUUCAGCUUUAGCUAGUAAUUACUAACUAGCUAGUACAUAAUUAUAUUAGACAAAAUAGUUUCCUAGAAAAAAUGGUUCAGUGCUCAAGCAGCAAAAUGAAUGCAUCAAAGCUUGUCAAUUCCUUGCUUGGAUUAAGUCAUGUUCGAAUUCAGAAUGUUGAGACAGUUACAAAGAAACUUCAAUUAAUGGCACAAGCGAGCAGCAACAGACUUAUGACAAUCUCUGAUUUUGACUAUACUCUUUCUCGAUACCACAAUAAUGGACAAAAAUGUGUUACAACACAUGGGUUACUUGAAUAUGUUGCUGCCGAAAUCAAUCCUGAUUUUCAAAGACGUAUUUGUGAGUUGCGUGAUAAAUAUGUUGUGAUUGAAUACUGUCCUCAGACGUUGAUGGAAGAUAAAAUUCCUAUCAUGGAGCAAUGGUGGAGAGAGUCACAUGGAUUGAUUGAACAGUACAGACCGAAGAAAUCAAAAUUACGUGAUGCUGUGAAGCGUUCGCAGAAUGGCUGUGCUGAUUUUCUUUUAACUCUUCAUCAAGCAAAAGUUCCAGUUGUAUUAUUUAGUGCUGGAAUAGGGCAAAUAAUUGAAUUUGUUUUGGAGCAUCAAUGUGAUGAACGUCAAAUGGACGAAGCUUUUCGUCUCAGAGAUGUUCAUAUAAUCUCUAAUUUUAUGCAUUUUUCAUUAGAACAAGAAGAAGAAGAGGCAGAAUGUGUUGGAUUUGUUGAACCUUUAAUUCAUACUUUUAACAAAAAUUCGUCAGUAAUAUCACAAGAAGCCCCGUUUUUUAAAAGUAUUGCUGAAAGAACUUCUGUGUUAUUACUUGGAGAUAGUUUGGGAGAUGUUCAUAUGGAUGUUGGUGUUUGUCAGGAAUUAAUUGUUCUCAAAAUUGGCUUUCUUAAUUUCAACUUUGAUAGCCUUAUGGAACGUUAUAUGGAAGAAUAUGAUAUUGUUUUGGUUGAUGAUCAAACAAUGGAAAUCCCUUCAAAAAUAUUUUGUUAUAUUCAUAAUGAGGGUGAACAGGUUGAUAAUGGUAUUAUUGAUGGAUUUUCUGUUGAUAUGGAGAAAACAAUUGAGAAGGUUAAAUAA